AAGAAAAACAGUGGAAGCCCAAUCUAGCGAAAAAUAUAGUCGAAGCACAAGUUUUACAAGUGCUUGACUUGGGCGAGAAGAAUCUUUAAUUUUCUCUCUCUUCUAAAACCCUUUCCCCAUCAUUUCUCUCCCUUCUUAAACCCUACCAAAACCCCCAAUUAGCCGACUCACCAAACCCUAAUUUAUCAUCAAGAUCAUAAUUUAUCAAUUCAAUCGCACGUACAUAUAUGUCGAAGCUCAGCACAAAGUUGGUGAAUCUUGAAAACCCAAGAUUAUGGGUAGUGAUCGGAAUUAGCGUGGCCGGAAUUGUGAUUCUCGCGGAAUCACAACGGCGUAAAAUGAAAGCAAAGAAGCUGAUGAUUAAAGAAGAUUUCGGGGCUUUUAUUGAAAGAUUUGAGUUGCUUCCUUUUCCUCAGCCCCCUCCUCCUGCUGCUAGACUGUCACUCUCUAACUUGACUUUUGCUGUUAAAGAUGUUUUUGAUGUCAUGGACCAUGUGACCGGGUUUGGUAAUCCUGACUGGAAGAAUACUCAUGAACCUGCUGACAGGACUGCAUUAGUGAUAACUAUGCUUUUGAAGAAUGGGGCUACCUGUGUUGGCAAGACCGUUAUGGAUGAACUGUCUUUUGGGAUUACGGGAGAGAAUGUGCACUAUGGAACCCCUACAAACCCAAAAAUGCCAGCUCAUGUUCCUGGUGGGUCAUCCAGUGGGUCAGCUGUGGCUGUUGCAUCGGAGCUUGUUGACUUUGCUCUUGGUACCGAUACGUUCGGUUGCAUCAGAAUCCCGGCAGCAUAUUGUGGUGUCAUUGGAUUCCGACCAUCUCACGGAGUUAUAUCUACUAUUGGGGUUAUUUCAAGUUCACAGAGUUUAGAUACUGUUGGUUUUUUUGCUCGUGAUCCGUCUGUUAUGCAUCGCGUUGGACAUGUGCUCCUCAACUUGAAGCAGGUGGAACCUAAAAGGACUAGACGCUGUAUAAUUGCUGAUGAUCUAUUUCAGCUUUCUAAAGCUCCAAAGCAAAAUAUUUUAUCUGUUGUAUGCAAAGUAAUUAAAGAUUUGAAAGGCUAUCAGCUUCCAGACCACAUGAAUUUUUCUCAGUAUAUUGCAGCAAAUGUCCCUAGCCUGAAAGACUUCAUAGAGGAAUCAACUAAAUUACAGAACGGAUUUUCUGCUUUAAAAGCUCUAUGUUCUGCGAUGUUUUCAUUGUUGAGACAUGAGUUUAAAAGUAAUCAUCACGAAUGGGUCCAAUCAACCGAACCGAAGGUAGGACCUGAUGUAUCUGCUCGGGUUCUUGAAGCACUCACUACUACACAUGACAAUGUAAAAACUCUGUACAAAGUCAGAACUGAAAUUCGAGCUGCUCUCAGGAGUCUUUUGAAGGAUGAUGGAAUCUUAAUUAUUCCUACUGUUGCUGACCCUCCAAUAAGACUAAACUCAAAGAAGGGCGUGUCAUCUGAGUUCCACGAUAGAGCUUUUCCUCUUUUGAGCAUCGCAAGUAUGUCGGGCUGCUGUCAGGUUGCUGUGCCCAUAGGAAAUCAUAAUGAUUAUCCAAUCUCAGUUUCUUUUAUUGCAAGCCAUGGAGGUGAUAAGUUUCUGCUGGAUACCGUGUUAGACAUGUACUCAUCUCUUCAAGAUCAAGCUAGCAUUGUCUCCAAUUCUGCACCAUUACCAGAUAUGAACGGCAACAUGGAUGCUAGUGACUUGUUAAAAGAAAAGGGAAAUGCUGCAUACAAAAAAAAGGAAUGGAAUAAAGCUGUAAGUUAUUAUACCGAAGCUAUAAAGUUGAAUGAGGGAAAUGCGACAUUUUAUAGCAACCGCGCAGCUGCUUACCUCGAAUUAGGAUGCUAUCAGGAAGCUGAGGAAGAUUGCACCAAAGCAAUAUCACUUGAUAAGAAGAAUGUAAAGGCAUAUAUGAGGCGAGGCGCAGCAAGGGAAUCACUUCUCUUUGUAAAGGAGGCUCUUCAAGACUUUAAGCAUGUGUGCGUUCUUGAACCACAGAACAAGACUGCCAGUUAUGCUGAGAAGAGGCUAAGGAAAAUGAUGAGAUGAAGCCAGCCUUUUCCUUCUAUUUUUUGUAAAAAAGCCAUCCCGUCCUACAAUAAUAACGAAUAGAAACCAAAAAUAGAAUGCCUUCAAGCAUUUUGUUUUACAAGGUAAUUUGUGGAAAAUUUUGAAUGGUGAAAGCCCUGUUGUCGGGGUUUGAGGUGGCAAAGAAGAAUUGCCAAGGUGGCUAUAUAAUGGACCGUUACUUAUAUAUUAUGAUAGUGAUUUCCCUCAUUUGCAAUUGGUGCAAAUUAUUUGUUCUUAGUGAUUGAACAACCCUGUUAUAACAUUGUAAGGCUCAGAAACUGGAUUCAACUUAGACCGGUGUAUAUAUUAGCCAUUUAGGAAUUUUGUUCCAGAAAUAUAUGAUUGCAAUGUUGCACCUGUGUUUCCAUAAA